UUUUAUUAAAACAACUGGAUUCUUUUGUGGCGUCAGCUGUGUCUGCAGAACGUUAAAUCUCUACUCAAAGAGUGCUUUUACUUUAGAUAAUUUGGUUUCACCGCAACGAAAUACAUCAGCCAUCAUGUCUGAUCCAGUUGUCAUCGUUUCUGCCGUUCGCACUGCCAUUGGUAGUCUGAAUGGAGUAUUGUCAACUGUAGCAGCCCAUGAUCUGGGAACCAUAGUCAUCAAGGAAGCCCUGCAAAGGUCAGGGGUCAGUAGCAGUGAUGUGUCAGAGGUCAUCAUGGGUCAGGUGUAUACGGCAGGUCAAGGCCAGAACCCUGCCAGACAGGCCAGUGUGAAUGCAGGGAUACCAGUUGAGGUACCAGCAACUAACGUCAACAUGCUGUGUGGUUCCGGCCUGAGGACAAUAGUACUAGGAGCACAGGCGAUCAUGUGUGGGGACUCUUCCAUUGUGGUUGCAGGGGGUCAGGAAAGCAUGAGCCAGGCGCCCCAUGCAGCCCAUCUUCGUAGCGGUCUGUCCUUCGGUGACAAGCCUUUGGUGGAUCUGUUAGUAAAUGAUGGCCUUAUGGAUGCAUUCAAUAAUUACCACAUGGGAAUUACAGCUGAAAACCUGGCCAAGAAAUGGGAAAUCACACGUGAACAGCAGGACCAGUUUGCUCUGGGGUCGCAGCUCAAGGCCGAGAAGGCCCAGACAGAAGGCAUCUUUGCUACAGAGAUCGUCACUGUGCCGAUUAAGAGCCGCAAGGCCACGGUAGAGGUCAACGUUGACGAGUACCCAAGGAAGGGGUCAACCAUCGAGGGGAUGACUAAACUCAGAUCGUGCUUUAUCAAGGAUGCAACGGGAACGGUUACUGCUGGCAACGCAUCUGGUAUCAACGACGGAGCAGCAGCAGUGGUUCUCAUGAAGCUCUCCGAGGCUCAGAAGAGGGGCGUGGCACCUCUAGCAAGGAUAGUCUCAUGGGGCCAGGCUGGGGUGGAUCCAGCUAUCAUGGGGUCUGGUCCUAUUCCUGCUAUCAAGAAAGCUCUUGAGAAAGCAGGCUGGAGCCUUGGUGAUGUUGACCUGUUUGAACUGAAUGAGGCGUUUGCAGCGCAGUCUCUCACAGUCACCAAGGAGCUUGGUAUUGACACCUCAAAGGUCAAUAUCUACGGAGGAGCCAUAGCCCUGGGCCACCCCUUAGCCGUGUCGGGCACCCGCAUCGUCGUCACCCUACUCAACGCCAUGAAGAGGACCAAUGCCAAGAAGGGCUUGGCUGCACUCUGUAUCGGGGGAGGGAUGGGCAUUGCCAUGUGUGUAGAGACUGUAUAGUCGGGCAAAUAACAGUCUCAUUCAAUAAAUCAGUUUUUUAAAAUGUCCUUCUUUUGUGGGAAUAAAUUCCCAAGUUGCAAAGUGUUUGAAGGUAGUAUCAGCCAUUUGCAACCUAUGAAUUGACGGUCAGAGAAAUUUAGUUAAGAUGAUUAAAUAGAAUGUUUAAUUGAUUAGCCUGAAAGUAAGCUCCAAGCAAAAAAUUCUUGAAGAAAUGAAUUUGUAGGAAUUGGUGAGCAUUUUCAGAAUAAGCUUUCUCAAAUAUACCUAAAGCAGCUGAAACCUGAAUAUUAAAACCACCCAAGCAGGUUUCCAUAGCGUAUGUUUCAAUGCGAAACACUCGAAAGGAAGAAAAAUUAGCGAGUCUUUAUAGACAGGUGGUCUUUCUAUACAGGUGGUCACUAAAGCAGGUUUUACUCUUUUUUUUCAUUAACCAUUGAAAUCUUAUGCUAAUCCAUGAAACACCGAAUUGGCCGAUGCUACCAUUGCACUAUAUGUUGAUAUGCUGCAUUGCCAUUGAAUUUAGAGAGGUAACCAUUUAAGCUCAAAUUUUAAAAAAGAAAUUAAAGAGGGAAUGUCUAUUUCAACCUUCCUCCUUCCAACAGACGGUGAACAAUAUUCUUUGAUUUCGAACCAAACAUAACUUAGAUAAAAGAACAUGAGUAUAUAUAUAUAUUAAAGUAAUGUAUGUACAUAUUCUUUUAUCAUUGAAAGGAACCCGCAUACGGGUCUCCCUUUGAUUAUUUUUUGUAACUCUAUUUCACUUUUUUCCUGUUGAUAUAUAAUGUACUUUAUCAUGAUUUUAAUGACAACUCACUGAAAAUGUUCUGUUGAAGUAUCUGUGUUUUUUUGUAAAUUAUGAAAUUUCCAAAAAUAAUAGAUUGUAAAUGCUAGGAGAAUGGUCAGUAUCAUAUAUUUUUUCUAUUUUUGUUGGACAAUUUGUUUUAUCUUUUGUUGUUGUGGUUGGGUUUAGUUUGUUGGCUCUAUUCAUCAAUUUUGAUGAUUUCUUUCAGACUUUGUGUGAAAGGGCGUCUUGCUCUCUCUCCUGCAGCUCUACUUAAUUUUGAUUUCAUGCCUACACUUUAUGCUUUCAGGAAUGGGGACCAAUGUACACAAUUUUGACAUAUUACGACAUUUGUGAAAAUGUACAUCUGUUUAUCUGUGUAUGUCUGAAUGAAAAUUAAUGUGUAUUGAAAACUUAAACGGACGAAGAGCCAGUUGAAAACAUGGCUGGCAGAAAACAAAAUAUAAUCAUGGUUUAUAAUAAUUUCUUCCUUAUUCAAGAGGAAUAAAUGGAAUAAUUUAGCUGGCUUCCUGUCGUAUCGAGGUUUGGAAGUUAUCUUUGACCCAAAGUGCUAUUAUGGUAAUGACUGCAGUGUAUAUCAAUUAUCAAAUAGUUGUACAUAUUACUGCAUGAACCAAUUAUAUGAGCAGGGUAAAGGAGAACUACUGUAAUGUUGUUUAAUAUAAAGGACACCAUCUUAACAGAACAACCUCGUUAUUGUGGAAAACUUUCAGUGACAAUGUAGUUUUGCUAGUCCGCUCUCCUUGUAUUCUAUUGCUUCCUAGCCUUGAUUCAACAAGGUUUCCCUAUUGCAAGGUAGUUACCCUUGUGACUAGGAUUUUACUCAUUUAAACAGGGUCAUUUUGCAAGGCUACACUUGUUUGUAUUCCUUUAUUUUGUAUCUCGGAUAUAACAAGGUUUUGGUAAAACAAGUUCAUUCCUGAUCCCAAGGAGUUGAUUAAAUGAGGUUCUACUGUAAUCUCUUGGUAGCUGUGAUAUUAGCUAUCUGUAUUAAAUUACUUGAAGAUCCAACACAAAGGAGAUACAUUAAUCAUGAGAGUGUAGAUGCAUUUUUGCUAAAAUUGUGUAAAGACAAUUUACAAGUGUAUUGCCCUAAAGAAUUUUAAACAAUGUGCAAUUAUUUAAAAAAGGAAACUAUAAUUACACAGUAAAAUGGAUUUCAUACUAUGAACAGUUCUCUGUGUAUUGUUUGUAAGAGAUGUGUCACCCCAACUCAGGGUAGGAGAAAGAUUUUUUCAUUUUUUUCAAUUCAGUUAUGAAAGUAUAUAUAAAAGUUGAAUUUAGAGCUUAUGAGGCAUUAUCUGUGGUGACGUAUUCGCUUAUUACUAAAUAUUUAACUUUGUAUGAAAUUUCAACUUGUAAUUAUGUAUUUGUCAAUUUACAGAGGAUUGUAUGUCAUUUGGUGAAGGGUAAUUACGGUACUUGAAUAAAAUUCAUGCUUUCUCAUA